CGUGAUAAAAUGUUUGAAAAAAUAAAGGACAAACUUAACAUAAAAACCAAACAAGGUACAACAUGUUUUCUUUCGAAAAUACUGGCAUGAUAAUUUUUUGUGAGCUUACUUGAGAGAAAUACUGGGGGAAAAAAAAGAGAACAAUUUUUUUUAUACAAUUUUUAAAGAGUGGAAGGGAAGGGGGGAGAGAGGGCAGCCUAGAAGAGGUGAACUGAGAGUAAUCGGUUAUUUUAAGAAUUUUUCUAACAGAAAAGCCUAGCUGGAAUAAAUACAAAGAAAUGAGUAUGUGUGUGUGUAAGAGAGAGAGAAAGAGAGAGAGAGAGAGAGAAUUACGGAUCAAGAGUGCCUGUGGAAUAAUGAGUACAAUAGAACAAUUAAAAAAAACCAAGUUACUUAGUAUUAGAGUGCGUUUGUUUGUUUGUUUUAUUGUUGUUGUUUUUUUGGGGGGGGGAGGGGGGGGGGUUAAACGGAAAGAUACUUUUUAGUGACGAAAGUUAAGAGGGAACAAAAAUAUCAAUAAAAAAAUACCUUUUAUUUCUUACUCAGAGAGUUCAACAGGUGGCAAGAGGAGUACCUGUUUCGAGCACCACAAUGACGAGACACAAAAAGUGUGGAGAAAUAAAUUUGAGAGCAUAGUAAAAUUAGGACUAACUAAGAAAUAUAUUUGGUAUGUAACAGCCGACAGAGAUGACAGUAAAGAAAAAAUUUGCCCAAAUGUCAGUCAUGAUAAAGAUGUAAAACAUGAGAUUAUGGGAAAAGACACGGUUGUCCAACCUGCCACAGAGGAAGAAGCAUUUUUGUGUCGUAAAGAUGUUUAUCGUCGUUAUCAUAGUACA